AAGGAAGACAAAAUAAAUAUCAAGUUUGAUGCCUGUGAAAAGAGGUUCCCGCACCAGGGGUGGUGCUGUAGCCCGCAAGAGAAACUACGACGACGAUUACAGCUACGGGCCCAGUUCCCGCGGAAAGAAGAGGGAGAUCUCUUCCAUUUCCCUAGACUAUGGCGACCGCGAGGAAGAGCCAGAGCCCCCGAUUGACGAAGAAGCAGCGGAAAAAGUAGCCAUUUCAUAUUUGAAGGGGUUGGGACGAACGAGAGCGGAUGGUUCGCAGUACAGUGUGACGUUAUGCCUUUCCCCCGCAGAGAUGCGCGCGGUGGAUAUAGCCCAGGUCGUGGCAGAGAUGGAAGUCCGGUGGCGAAUGAUGGAUGAAAGCCUGAAUCUGCUCGUGAUAGACCAGUUUGCCAUCUUGCACAGCGAAGACGCCCAGGCAUUGGCAGCCGCUGCAGGUUUUGUGGCGUACAAGCUCUUCCGGUGCCAGAAGCGCGGCUACCCUCCAGAUGUGGAAAAGUUCCACGGCUAUACUUUGAAUCAGAUGGUGGGGACAGAUUUCCUAGCGGAACAAAUGACCAGUUUGGAAAGGGCGGCGGUAAAAUACGGGGUUUCGCUCAAUUACUCCAGGCUCGCCUCUGGUUUCAACUUCAGCCCCUUCACCAAGGUGGUGAUUCAAGGUAGCUUGCGUAAUACAGUGAACUUCCUCGUAGUGUUUAUGGAGCUCCAGCUGAAACACAGGACCGAGCAUGGCACCAAGAGCUUGUACAAGAGCCCCAUGGUGCAUGCACCUAUUAUCGGUACUUAUGGGAAUCCGUUUACGUACUCCACACAGGACGCCAACACCACUAUUCUUCAGGAAAACAUCAGGGAAAUUCUCGAGUACGCCACACCACGUGAGGAGGAAGACGACUCUACUCCUGCGGAAGUCUUGGCCCGGCGCAUCAACCACCUCCUAUCGCACGACCUCUCCUCCAACGACCCCGACUUGAGGCAGCAGUUCAUGAAGUUCAACAUAGACAUUCAUCUUGACAUCGUGGGGUUGAUCAUCGGGAAGAACGGGGCGAAUAUCAACGAAGUACGGAAACAGUCCAACUGCCAGUUAAAGGUUAUGGACAGCUUCACCAACCACUACGCUAACGACAGGGUCACUUAUGAAAAGAACCAGAAAAUGGCAAACAGCCACAGGCAAAUCCAGGUCAGUGGGAAGUAUGACAACGUUCGGGUAGCGCUCUAUAAGUUGCUUGAAUUGAUCCACAAUGAGUUAUAGCCUUGCGAGGCGAUUGAAACAGGGAAGGGCUUCGACCUUGUAUGAGAAAUUUGAUACGGUAAGACAUUGAGUCUGCAUAUAAAAGUACUUAGAGAUUAAAUUGCUAGGC